CAUGGGGAAUGGGAGCAGUAACAAAGGUGUUGCGUUUAUAUUUUUGUUGAGUGUAUUUACAAUUCUACUUUGAUUAUUCAUAUAAUUGUUUGGCACUUUAUUUGCCAAAUUGUGGUAUGUGCCAAAUAUGGUGUUACAACAGGCUGCCAAAGUAUUGUGCAAUUUUGUUUUUUGCUUCUAUCAUAUGUUAUGAAUUAUAGACUCAAUUUAUAUCUUGUUUUUAUGCAUGUUAGAAAAAUAUAUUGCAAACUUUAUUUCUUGUCAAGUAUUGUGCGCCUUUAAAAGGAUGAUAAGAAAUGAGAGAUGGGAAUAACUUGCAGCAAAUGUUCCUGCUUCUAAAGACACCAGGAAUUUCUGUUUCCCGGUCAAAUAAACAACAUGGAAAAUUGAAAUAGCUUUGCAAUUAAUAUAAUCUGAUCACACAAAUAGACAAAUACAUUUGUUUUUCCUUGUGUUACGUUUACAAAGUCCAACAGGUUUGUAGCAGGGCAGUAAUGACUGCCUAAAUGUAACACUUAUAAUUAAGUGAUACAAAAGCCUCUCUCUCACAGACACACAACACACACAGACAGACACAGGUUUCCACCUCAUGCAGGGAGCAGCUGUUUGAUUAUCACUUGUUGGGACCUUUUUAAAAGCUCUGGAGGCAUGUUAAAUCGAGUACACCAAACAUGUCUUUGUUUGCUUAUUCACAACUUUAAACAUCUGAAUUGAAGUCCUGUCUGGACCACCAAUCCUGAAAUCACUUUACUUUGUUUUAUUAUAGCUAUAGAAACAGCUUUUUUAUUUUAUUUUUAGCUUUAGUCUAAUUUUAGUUUACUAAAUAUCAUAAGAUUACAGUAGGUUUAGUCAGCUGAACCUCCCUCCCCACCCUGGGUGGAUCAAAAUGUUUUUGUCUAAAUUUACUACACAAGGACUUCCAAACUCAUCCUGCCUUUCUACACAACUUCAUUAGUUAUAAUAGGAUCUUAUCUCUCCAGAACAAUUUUAUCUAAUUUUUAAGUGUCAUUACAUUUCAUCAUAGUUUUUGUCCUCGUGAAUUAGUUUUAAUUUAGCUAUCAUCUUUUCAUCAUUACUAAUACUAUUAUUCAACAAAAUUACCAUUCACUGACUGUCUUCUAAACCUGACAUUGCGUGAAUCCACCUAAUAGUAGCCCAAAUUGUAGAGUUUAGUAAUAAAAAAAGUGCUGUCAAAGUGCUCUGCCGACCUGAGCUUUAGCAAACAGUAGCAAAUGCAAUUUUGUAGUUAACCCCUUUCUUUGGGGAAAAAGUACAAAAUUUAAAAGUGGGCAUGGAACUGCUUGAGUUUAUUUUUUUUUUUUCAAUUUUAGAAAAAGUCUACAUUGAAGAAGUACUGUGGGACUUGGCCUCACCAGUUAUGCCAAAAAAAAAAAAAAAAAAAGGAGCUUACAGGAACUCAGUAUCUAAGGCAGAACCAAUAAGGGGACACCAUUUCCCACAGUGACAAGUUACAAUCUUCUACAGGAAAAACUGUAGAGCUGCAUUGUAGGAUAACUUAUUUUACUCCCCAGAGCAUGUUGUGCUCAUUGCUGCUCAGAAAUCGGAUAGACUCUUUUCUGUGAGUUGCUAAGACAAGUUUUUUUUUUUUUUUGGUUCUUGCUCCAGGUAUGUGAUUUUCUGUCUUUUCAACAUUUACAUUUUUAAGUUGACAUAUUCCAAGAAAACCAAACAAAUAUUAGAUUAUUUACAUCUUUCCAAAUCCAAGUUGACUGUGAAAAGUGUUGAAGAACUCUUUUCUACCCACAUUUGAUCCUGCAAUGCUUUCUUUUAGUCUCUAGAACAAGAAGUGGAUAAAAAAUGGAGUACAGAAGAAAAGUGCUUCUUGCUACAAUAAUUUUCAGAGCUGUCUGCUACAAAGUGACCGCACAGGAUACAAGAUUACUGGAUGUCCAAAAGACCAUAGAUGUUGUAGAUGACCAGUACAAAGGAUGCCGUGAUGAGGCCAUGAAGAAGUUCAUCGAGUCAGACGUGUUAAAACAAGAACUAAACAACAGUGAAGGAUUUCAGAAAGCGUGGAAUAAAAGUAUUGAGUGUUCAAAACAGAUUCCUGGAGGAAGAAAAGAGCAUAGUGCUGCACUUUCAGUCUAUCUUAAAGGAGACCGGCCUUUCAUACAAACACUGAACAAAGCAAUAGAGACAAUGGGUGGAAAUGUUAACAUUUAUGAAAACCACUUCCACUUCAAGUCUCUUCAUUUCCUGCUGAUGGACUCCAUGAGGCUGCUGAAGCCAAAGGAGUGCAAGAACUUUUAUGUUCUGCUAAGUGGUCAAAACCAACCACAGAAAGGCUCCACAGUGAGAUUUCCAAGUUUCACCUUAGCUCAUUCAAACUAUGAAGAGCCAAACAAUUAUUAUGAUCUGUUUGAGGACAUCAUUUUAAAUAUCAAAUCUUGUUUCUUUGUCAGUCUGGAAGAACACACUUGCACUAAAGCAGGGGAUACAUUUCUCUUAUCUCCAGCAGAGGUUUUCACUGUGGAUGGUGUAAAUAGCAAAACUGUGGAGGAUGGUCAAGAAUAUGUUGAGAUUGUUUUGAAACAUUCAGGACUGAAAAGCUCACACAACUGUUUUAUCUUUCCGAGGGUCUCAGGAGAACUGGAACCUUUCACAACUGUCACAGAGAGAGAUAGGUCUCCUCCAGCUGUUGUCUCCACCCUGUGGCUUGCGUCAGUGCUUGCGGCCUUAUCUUUGUUUUCUUUAACUGUUUAGCAAAAACAGUUAUCAUUCAGAAUUUUAUCAUCUACAAUGCUGCUUGGUUUAUUCUUACAGUUGUUUGGUACUUUGUCUGGCAGAUUGUGCUAUCUGCCAAAUAAGGUGUUGCAUUAGGCUACCAAAAUAUAAUCAAAUAUUGUUUUCUUUUUCUGUCAUAUGUUAAAAUUAUAGGCUGAAUUCAUGGAUAAUAUGCGUUAUAAUUUCAAUGAUUCUUGUUAAGCAUUGUGUGCCUUUAAAAGGAUGAUAAGAAACAAGAGAUGGGAAUAACUUGCAGCUUUUCCCAGCUGGAUUCAGACUGGGUAUUCUGGAGGCACCUUUAACUCCCACAGCCGGAGUGUUUCCAGGAUUUUGUCAAUGGGCUGGCACGAGAAGACCAAGAACAAGGCAGAGUGACACAUAGAAAAUCAGAACGUUUAUUAAAAAUUUAUAAAGGGGUGCAGAAAAUUGGCAUAAAAUACACUGGGUUCAAUUUUCAGGCUCCUGAGCACAGCCAAUGCCGCCUAUCAAUGAACUGUGACUGUGAUAGAAAAACUGAAAUUUUCUAUCCAUAAAACUAAAUUCAACAUCAAUUUCUUUAUUGAACUUUCUCUCAACUUUAGUGAACUUCUUCACUUUUUACAUUUUCCUCAGUGACGAUUUUUCAGGGAGCGGAUUUUUACGAUAAAUAUGUCGACACAUGUCGUCAGUGUGUUUCCUGAGUUAGUGAUUAUCUUCCUGCUUCUAAAGAAACCACACCUUGAUGUAUCUUUCCAUUUCUCUGACAAAUAAAGAGCAUAUAAAAUGUAAAAUGCUUUGCAAUGAAUUUAAUCUUAUCACACAGACAUUUCAGACAUCAGGAAGUUUUUUUUCUUAUGUUACAAUUGAAAACAUAUUACAUCGCUGGUUCAGCAGCAGGGUGAUAACUAUUGUCUAAAUGUAAGACUCAUCAUUAAGCUACACAUCAAUGAAAUAAAAGCAGAUUGCGCACACACACACACACAUACACACACAUUCGCUGUAAAGGCUAAAUGUUAUUUAUAUUCAUCUGUGAGGCUCCAGUUCAUUUUUUAUAAAGUCUGCAUUGAAGAGGUACCUAGGUAUUUGCCCCCAUGAGCUAUACUGAAGCCAUGCUAGAUCAGAGAUAUAAAGGUAAUUUAUGGUCGAGCUUAAAGGGGCUAAACCUGAACCAGCUUACAGGAACACAGUAAUGUUCCUCACUAAAGCAGAAAGCAGAAAAAGUUACUUUCUUACACAGGAAAGACUAAAGGGCUGCGCUGUAUGAUAACUUGUUCCAGUUCCUCAAACCCUCGCUUUCGCUUUCCUGCAGUUUGAUGGGCCCCUUGCUGUUCUCCCUGCUUCAGGUAAGUUUUUAGUCUUUUCAGUCUUUUAGAUUUUGUCACUUCCAAGUUUCUGGACCAUGUAAAGUGUUACCGAACUUUCUCUAUCCAUAUUUGAUGUUUCAGGACUUUCUUGCACUCUGUAGAAGACAAAGAGGC